AAUAUGGGAUUCUGAUUUCUUAGAUUCCCAUCUCAGUAGCUCAUUCAACUUCUCUCUCUUUAAUUCCAAGUUCUUCUCUUUCUUGGUUACAUUGCUAUAAAUUUUGUAGCAGAAAUAAGGGGUUCUCCCUAAAAUUUCAUUGUUGCCUUGUGUCUGUCAUGGUGCUCUUGCCUGCACUGUGCUACUCUCAGGACUAUUUCGUACGGUCCAGAGCAACUUACUAUGGCAUUCCUGACUGCUUAGGGACUCCAAGUGGAGCUUGUGGGUUUGGAGAAUAUAGAAGGACUGCCAAUGAUGCGAAUGUGGCUGGGGUUUCCAGGCUCUACAAGAACGGAACCGGCUGUGGUGCUUGCUAUCAGGUUAGGUGCACAAACCCUUACCUCUGUACUGAUAAUGGGGUGAACAUAGUGGUGACAGACUAUGGCGAAGGAGACAACACCGAUUUCAUCCUCAGCCCCCGUGCGUACGCAAGGAUGGCACGAUCAGACACCGCAGCGCAGCUGUUUGCUUAUGGCGUAGUUGACGUAGAAUACCAGAGAAUCCCAUGUAGCUACGGUGGUUACAAGCUCCAGAUUAAGGUUAACGGACAUAGCAGAUACCCAAGUUACCUGGCCAUUGUAAUCCAGUACCAACCUGGCAACAAGGAAAUCCUAGCCGUUGAUAUUUGGCAGGUAAAACAUUGUUACAAUGCUAGUAGAAACUGAAUUCAGUAAUUUCAAAAAAGCAGGAGUCAAAAGCAUGCAGCAUUUAUACUUGUUGGCGAUGUGCGGGAGGAUUGUAAAGAAUGGAUAGGAAUGAGGAGGGCGUAUGGGGCAGUUUUC